AUGGCUACUCAAUUAGCAUUAUUUGCUUCUCUUAUUCUUCCAUUGAUUAUAUCAUGGCUAGGUUUAUAUAAUGAAUGGGUUCCAGAAAUCAAUCGAAGACUACCUAUAUAUUUUAUAGAUACUUUGGCUUAUAUUCCAUUUUUUGUUAUUGGUGGUUUAGGAAUGUAUGCUGUAUUUUCAAUUAUAUAUGGUGUUGCUACAUUUAAUGAUUGUAAAGAGGCACAAAAAGAAUUGAUGGAUGAAGUUAUGGAAGUUAAAAAAGAAUUAAAAGAAAGAAAUAUUAUUUCAUAA